CAGACUCCUCAAUCUCUUCCGUUCCGUCCUUCCCCGAACUCGCUCAAAACCCUAGCCAAACGCCACAGGGUCGCCGCCGGUCGCCCGGCCGCAUCCGCUGCCGCCGCUGCCGCCGGGGACGAUGGCGAAGCCUCGGCGUGGCCGCUCCGCGUCUCGCUCCACCUCGGGAUCUUCCUCCCGCUCGCCGUCCCACUCCGUCUCCUCCGGCUCCGUCUCGUCCCGCUCCCGCUCCUUCUCGUCGUCGUCGUCCCAGUCCCGGAGUCGCUCCCCUCCUCCUGCUAAGCGCAGUUCGCCUGGAGCACGGAAAGGACGAUCACCUUCACCGCCCCCUAAAAAGGGUUCACCUUCAAAAAAAGUUCGUUCGCCAUCACCACCCCCUAAAAAGGCUUCACCCCCUAGGAAAGCGUCGCCUCCUGCUGAGUCGGUUGUUCUCUGCAUUGAUCAUUUAUCAAGGAAUGUUAACGAAGCUCAUCUGAAAGAGAUAUUUGGGAACUUUGGUGAAGUGGUGAAUGUGGAGCUAUCAAUGGACCGAAUGGUUAACCUUCCUCGUGGCUAUGGAUAUAUUGAAUUCAAGAAGAGAGCUGAUGCUGAGAAGGCUCUACUUUACAUGGAUGGUGGUCAAAUUGAUGGAAAUGUUGUUAAGUUGAGGUUCACUCUUCAACCACGCCAAAGGGCUGUAUCACCUAUGAAAGCUCCACCCCCUCCUCCAAAACGAGAUGUUGCUCAGAUUGAAAAAGGUCUUAGCAGUGCUGAAAAGGAUGCCCAGCAGCGUCCUAGGGAAUCAUCUCCACGAAGGAAGCCAGCUUCACCACCGCGGAAACGAUCUCCAAAUCGAAGGGCUGAAUCGCCCAGGCGUCCACCUGACCCAUCACCUAGGCGUCGUCCUGAUUCUCCGCCUAUUCGUCGCCGACCAGAUCCUUCUCCUGUCAGGCGUGGUGGCACACCUCCUCGCAGGAGACCACUGUCUCCAGUUAGAAGGCGUUCUCCUUCACCACCUAGGAGGCAUAGGUCACCGAUGCGUCCUUCACCUAGGAGGGGACGUGGCAGUCCUUCACCACGCAGGCGCUCCCCUGGGCCUCUUAGGCGGCGCUCGCCACCUCCAAGGCGUUUGAGGAGCCCACCAAGAAGGCCACCACCUCCACGUCGCUAUAGUCGAUCUCCUCCUCGCCGACCCCUUCGCUCCAGAUCGAUUUCUCCAAGAAGGGGACGAGGGCCUCUCUUGAGGCGUGGUAGGUCAGGCUCAUCAUAUUCUCGAUCACCUACUCCACCGCCAAGAAAGGGGCCAAGAAGGGUAUCAAGGAGUCGCAGCCCUAGAAGGCCUCCCAGAGGAAGAAGCAUCUCUAGUGACAGCCGAAGCAGCAGUUCUCCUUCCCCUAGACGUGGCAGGUAGAAGGAACCCGUUGCAUUGUGUAUCCGGCAGGUAAAGCCUUUUAUCCCCUGACUCAGAUCAAGUGUUGGUUUGAGGAGAAGAUAAAAGAACCCUACGGCAAUGCUUCCAGUGGAUCUGCUUAACAUGCCUGGUGGGCUCACUGGCUUGUGAUUUGUACCCGAGACAGAAUUAUCUGCCAUGUGACAUCUGGCUCAUGUACUUGAUUGUACCCCAAGUAUGUUGAACUUGUUUCCGCACAGGAGUCUGGAUCUUUUUUUUUUGCAUUAAACCAUUGUGCUACUUGGUCUAAAGCGUUACUGGGUCUUUCGUUUCAGGAGUCUGGAUCUUUUUUUUUUUGCAUUAAAUCAUUGUGCUACUUGGUCUAAAGCCUUACUGGGUCUUUCGUUUCAGGUGUUGAAAGGUUUCAUCUACUUUGUUGGAAGGAGUUUUUCAACAUUCCCAUUGUAUUAUGAUUCCGUUGAUCAAGCAAUUUGUGUAUGCGCAGGCGCACGCACAGCGUACACCUUUUCUAAUCUGAAAAGAGUUGUCAUUUUGCCAAACCCCGCCCUGCUUGUUGCCCUGUCCCAUCAGUCAUUGGUUUACUGACGCGACGCAACGCCGUUUCCUACAACAUCCUCAUCGCCGCCUACUCUCGCGCGGGCCUACCUGGCGACAUUCGCGCGCUAGGAACGGCAAUGUAGGGUAUUGGGCGUACCCACGUGACGGCAGAAAAACAUAUUGAUGUUCUUCUAAGGGCUCAGUCCCUUUGGGACCAAGGGUAAUGAAUGGAAUUUUGAGGGGAUCAAAAUCCCUUACUAUUUAAAAUUGAAUAUUGAGGGAUUAUGGUCCUCUUAAUCCCGUUCAUUACACAUACACUUGCUGUCGAAGAAGUGGAAUGUUGGGACUUAUGACUCAUCUAUUUGUAAAAUUGUCUCAAAUAGUUAAAUGACACAAGAUUAUAUUUGACAUUUCUAUGCUCGUAAUUGAAGGAGAGUAAAAUUGGUGUAACUGGAUAUAUGUACUGCCUUGCCUUGUGAAAGGAUCACGAUGUACAAAUGGAAUGGAGGGACAAAUUAGACUUU